AUGGCUGCGCUUCCCAAGAGAAUCAUCAAAGAGACCGAGCGGCUAGUGAGCGAUCCGGUGCCGGGCAUCGUUGCCACGCCCAAGGAGGACAACUUGCGCCACUUCGACGUCGUCAUCGACGGCCCCGACCAGUCGCCGUACGCCGGUGGCAAGUUCGAGCUCGAGCUCUUUUUGCCCGACGACUACCCGAUGUGUGCCCCGAAAGUCCGCUUUUUAACCAAGAUCUACCACCCUAACAUCGAUAAGUUGGGGCGGAUUUGCUUAGAUGUGCUCAAGGACAACUGGUCGCCGGCGCUCCAGAUCCGCACCAUCUUGUUGCUGAUCCAGGCGCUUUUGGGCCAGCCGAACCCCGACGACCCCUUGGCCAACGACGUCGCCGACCACUGGAAGGAGAACUUGGCCGACGCCCAGAAGGUGGCGCGGGAGUGGACGGCGAAGUACGCCGUGCCCAAGGAAUGA